AUGGCUUGGCGACCCCGCACUCCUGAGAAAGAUGAGGGAUCACAGAAAGAAAGAUUGAUGGAUGGUCUUAUGGAAAGUCUUCAAGAGUACUCUAUACAGCUCAAAAGUCUUGCCUUGAAGAUUCUCAACCUAAUAGCAAAAGCAUUAGGAAUGAAGCGUGAAGAAAUUGAAGUGCUUUUAGAAGAAGGGUUGCAAUCCAUGAGGCUCACUUACUAUCCUCCAUGUCCUCAACCUGAGCUGGUCACAGGCCUCUGCCAUCACUCUGAUCCUGUUAGCCUCACCAUUUUACUUCAAAUCAACGAUGUACAAGGUCUCCAAAUCAAGGAAAAUGAAGCUUGGGUUCCUGUUAUUCCACUUCCUGAUGCUUUUAUAGUCAACGUUGGUGAUAUCCUAGAGGCAAGUUUGAACAUCUUGACCGUGCCUAAUUUCUUCUCUAAGCCCGCUAAUGAAACUGGAGACAGAAUAUCGUUCACUAAGUCUUAUUACUCCUGCGGAGCAUCGAAGUUUUCAACUGUUCAAACUUCUCUUGCUAUUCUUCUAAAUUACCAAUCUAUUGCGACUUAUUGA